AUGCAGGUUCUGGAGGUUCUGGAGGUUCUGGAGGUUCACAGCUCUUCUAUCAUGCUCAUGGGCGAGAGUGACUUCCUCUUGGAGAGCUAUGAUGAAACUGCAGACGACGAUCUCUCCUCGUCUGGUGGCGAAGUCGCCAGGCUUGAUCUUGAUGCUCAGGACCAUGAUCGCGCCGCCAGUGAUGUCUCGCGGCUCGAGCUUGACGGCCUGGCAAAGAGGCGUGGGCUGGUGGCUGAUGACUCGGCCACCGCAACGCUCAACGAGUCCGACACUGUGCCAGCACCUGGAGGUGUGCUCGACUCGUCACGCGAUUGGCGCCGCCAGAAGAAGAAGCGCGCCCGACGAGAGCGGAUGGAGCGGCUGCGGCGCGAGGCCAACGCCGCCAACGAGGUUGUCGCUCUCCGUGACCAGCUCAGUGUGUGGCAAGAGGCCGUGGCCGAGAAAGACGCUGCGCUUGUCAAGCGUGACGACGUGCUCACUCUCCUCUGUGCCGAUCAAGAGCGUCUCGAAUCCGAGCUCGCUGCCCAGCGGCAGCGGGUUGAGGAGCUCGAGGCGCGCGAGGCCGCGUACGAGGCCGCACUUCCGGCGCUUCCUAGCGACGAGGCCGACGCCACACUGGCGCUGUGGAAAGAGGCUGUGGCCGAGAAAAACGCCGCCAUUGGGCAGCGUGAUGCCAUCCUCGAAGAGCUCUGCGCCAAGAUGUCCGAGAUGGAGGUCGAGCUCGGGACAUGGAAAGACGCAGUGGCCGAGAAAAACGCCGCCAUCAAGGAGCGCGACGAGGCACUGCUCCAGCUCUGCGAUCUGCUUGACGAGGCCGAGCUCAACGAGAGCCUGGCAGCCGAGGCGCAGGAGGCUGUUGCCAACUCGCAGGCCGAGUUGCAAGAGGUCGCGCGCGAGCGCGAUGCCCUAGCGCUGCAGGUACGCGCCGUCGCCGCCGACGCCGCGGCGCGGAGUGGUGUCGAGGCUGAGCUCAAGCGGGUGCUGGCCGAGCGCGAUGCGCUCGCCGCCAAGGUUGCGGCAGCAGAAGCUGACGCCCUGGAGGUGGCACGGGCGCGUGCAGGCGCCGAAGCCGACCUGCGGCGGGUGGUGGAAGAGCGAGACACGCUGCUAGCCCGGGUCGCGCGCGCGGACGCCGACAUAGCCAUCCUUCGGAAGGCGUCGGUCGGUGCUGCCGAGGCUGCGGCCGAGCGGGAUGCGCUCGCUGAAAAGGUACUUGCGUCAGCCGGGGCCGAGGCCGAGCUCCGGCGGGUCUCGCAUGAGCUCUCGGCGCUGGCGGAGCAGGUCGACGACGCCCAAGCUUCGGAGCAGGCCCGGGUUGAGACGGCGGCAUUGCUCCGUGAGGUGGUGCAGGAGCGCGAUGCGCUUGCGGCACGGCUGCAUGUGCUGGAGGUCGAGCUCGAAGAUGCCGUGCGUGGGCAGGCGGCGGCCGAGGCCGAGGCCCGGCGGGUGACAAAGGAGCGGAAUGAGCUGGCGGCACAGUUGCGGGUUGAGGUCACGCAAGCUGCGGAGGCUCGUGCGUCUGCUGAGGCCGGGCUCCGCGCGCUCUCGGCCGAGCUGGGAGCGCUUGCUGGGCGGGUGGCGGUGAGUGAAGCGGAUGAUGUCGGAGGCAACGACGGUGGAGUUGUGGCACAGGUGGCCGCCAUGACCGCUGAUGCGCAAGCUGCAGUCUUGCAGCUCGACCGUCUGCAGCAGCAAAUGGAGAGCCUUGCGCAGGAGCGCGACCAGGUGUCGGACCAGCUCGCCGCUGUGGUCGAAGAGCGGGACGCGAUGUCGGCAGAGGUCGAGGCUGGCGUAGGCGAGCACGUCGCUGUCCUUGAUGGGCUUCGGCUUCAGAUGGGAGCUGUCGUUGCGGAGCGUGACCGGCUGGAGGUGCAACACAAGGCCGCGCUCGACGAAGUGGCGAUAAUUGCCAAUGAGCGGGACGCAGUGUCCGCUCAAUUGGUUGAGAAGAAGUCAGCGGUCGAGGAUGCGAAGCUGCGAGUUGCGACGCUGACCGAGGAGCGAGACGCAAUGUCGGCUCGGCUGGCUUUGCUAACUGACGAGCGGGAUGCACAGGCUGUGGCGGUCGAGGAUGCGACGCUGCAGGUCGAGGCGCUCAUUGAUGAGCGAGACGCAAUGUCGGCCCGGCUGGCGGCGCUAGCUGGCGAGCGGGAUGCCCUGGCUGCACAGGUCGCGGCAGCCGACGACGUCAGGCUGCAGGUCGAGACGCUGACCGAGGAGCGAGAUGCAAUGUCGGCCCGGCUGGCGGCGCUGGCUGGCGAGCGGGAUGCGCAGAUCGCGGCAGCCGACGACGUCAGGCUGCAGGUUGAGACGCUGACCGAGGAGCGAGAUGCAAUGUCGGCCCGGCUGGCGGCGCUGGCUGACGAGCGGGAUGCCCUGGCUGCACAGACGCUGACCGAGGAGCGAGAUGCAAUGUCGGCCCGGCUGGCGGCGCUGGCUGGCGAGCGGGAUGCGCAGAUCGCGGCAGCCAACGACGUCAGGCUGCAGGUUGAGACGCUGACCGAGGAGCGAGAUGCAAUGUCGGCCCGGCUGGCGGCGCUGGCUGGCGAGCGGGAUGCGCAGAUCGCGGCAGCCAACGACGUCAGGCUGCAGGUUGAGACGCUGACCGAGGAGCGAGAUGCAAUGUCGGCCCGGCUGGCGGCGCUGGCUGGCGAGCGGGAUGCGGAGAUCGCGGCAGCCGACGACGUCAGGCUGCAAGUUGAGACGCUGACCGAGGAACGAGACGCAAUGUCGGCGCGUCUUGCGUCUGUUACCAACGAGCGGAAUGCUCUAGUUGGACGCGUCAAGGAGCAAGAGGCGACUCAUGAGGCUCAGCUUCACGACCUGCGGGUGGAGCUAGGGGCCCGGGGUGCUACCACCCCGGUCAUCGCGAGCGGUACCUUUUCCCAGGUCCGUGAUACCGCACUUGCCCAGGCCUCGGCCGAGGCCAAUGCCCACCUCGCUGCCGAACUGGCCAAAGCCCAGGUCCAGGCUGAUGUCCGCCUGGCGAGUGCCCUCGCUACCGCUCGCGCGGAUGCCGACACGAAUCUUGCUCGCGCAGCGCGGCUAAGCGAUGCCGCCCUCGCCCAGGCCUCGACCGAGGCCAAUGCCCGCCUCGCUGCCGAACUGGCCAAAGCCCAGGUCCAGGCUGAUGUCCGCCUGGCGACGCGGCUAAGCGAUGCCGCCCUCGCCCAGGCCUCGACCGAGGCCAAUGCCCGCCUCGCUGCCGAACUGGCCAAAGCCCAGGUCCAGGCUGAUGUCCGCCUGGCGAGUGCCCUUGCAAGGUCACAGGCCGAACUUGUUGCGACACAGGCGUGUGCUGAGCGUCAGCUGCAGCAAGUUAUGGCCGAUGUAUCUUCUCGCGUGAGCGACGCCGAGGCCGACGCCGAGGUCCACCUCGCGACUCUCCGGGCUGAGCCCACAGCCUCGUCCGAGGAGCUUGCGGAGCUGGAGGUGUCGCUGGCCGACGCGCUGGCUGCCCAGCAUCAGCUGGCUGCACUCCUCGACGCUGCUGUCGCCGAACGCGAUCAGGUUCAAGACACGCUUGCUGUCGCUGAAGAUGAGCUUGCCCGGCUGGACGUCGAGCGCACCGAGCUCCACGCUGCCCUUGCAGAUCGGACCGAACGUCUCGAGGCCGAGAACGCGGCACUGCUUGCCGAGCUUGAUGCCGCGACGGAGGCGAAUGCGGCAAUGGCCGCCGAUCUCAAGGCCAAUGCGUCGGCAAUCUCGGACCGCAUCGCAGCGCUGGAGACUGAACGUAAGAUCUCCGAGCAUGCGCAGGAGAUGCUGAAGAAGGCGCUUGUUUCAGCACGGUCGACGCCGCCACCAAAUGAGGCAGACGAUGCAGUCCUCGCCCUCGGUGCGCAGCUCAAGGCGGCCGAGUGCGAGCUGGUCAACCUUCGCCUCGCCACCCGCGAGAAGGACAAGCGUGUCGCCGCGGAAGUCGACGCCCUCCACGCCCGGAUUGCCGACCUAGAGGGCGGUGCGUCAGGUGUAAGGACAGAGCAGCUUGAGGAAGCCCUCAAGGCCGCAAACGCCCGGUCGGUGGCGCUGCAGGAGACCGUCGACCAGCUUUUGGCGCGGCGGUCCGAGUGGAUGAUCGACCGCGCGCUGGUCGAUCCCGUCCUCCUCAGCCCGGUAGACAAGGGCGAGCCUGUGAGCACUAUCGCUUCUCCAGGCGCCCGCCCGCUGCCGCGGGAGACCCACCGUGACGUGUACGCCGCGCUCCGCGAGGCACGCGAGGCUGUCCGUCUCGCUGAUCUGGAGCGUGAUCAACUCGCCGCUCAUGCCCGGGUCCUCGCCAAGGCCAACGCGGAGCUGCGAUCCGAACUAGCAGCUGUCGGACGGCCGACUCUUGCUGCGCCCGAGCCGGCGAUGCCACGCCCAGCUCUGGAUGUUGCUGACGUGGAAGCACGGCUCAAGUCGGUGGUGGACAAGCUGCUUGGUGUGGCGCCGACGCCACCGCCGCUUGGUGUAGUGGUCAAGCAGGCUAAGGCGCCGCACGCCGGCUUGGUUGUCACCAAGGUCGCGCCAGGCUCGCCCGCCGCCGCCGCGGGUCUGGCGCCGGGCGAUCGGCUCACGCUUUGGAAUGAUGCCUUCCUCGCGACCAAGUCCGACCUCGGCGAGCAGCUGCGGCUUGCGCGCCAGCUUGUUGCUGCAUCACGCGCCGCUGUUACGGUCGAGCUCUCGGUCGUUUCGCCCGCCGCCGACGAGCCCACCACCCGCCAGCUCUCGAUCCCUGUGGCGUAG